CCCCUUCCUUUAGGCUCCCCCCUCCCCAGCAAAGAAGAGGCCGUGCCGGUGUUUUUCCACUCAGCAGGAUGGGUGAUGCUCAAAGCUCCCUCAUUAGACAACAGACACGAGAGGUCAGGAAGAAAGCGCUUAUAAAUUACCGUUUCCUCCUGCUCGGCGCUGCUAGUCGCGCCGCACCGCUCCGCCGGACGCGCCGCACCGCCGCAGGGGCGCAGCGGCGCGCAGGCACCGCGGCCAGCGGACACAGGAAAAGAAAAUACAUUCAGCAGAGAUUCUUCUUCAUUGCCUCAUCCUAUGGAGGAAUCACCACUGCCCAUCUACAUUGAGGAGGGGACAGAAGUCCCGAUUGCCAAAAAGGAGUUGAUUGCUCUUGGCAUCAGUCAAAUCUGGACCCAGAAGACCACAGAAAGCAGAAAUAUGGCAACAAAGGAAAAGCUUCAGUGCUUGAAAGAUUUCCACAAAGACAUCCUCAAACCUUCCCCCGGCAAGAGCCCGGGGACACGGCCUGAGGAUGAGGCUGAGGGAAAGCCACCCCAGCGGGAGAAGUGGGCGAGCAAGAUCGACUUCCUGCUGUCCGUGGCGGGGGGAUUCAUUGGUUUAGGCAACGUCUGGCGGUUCCCGUAUCUCUGCUACAAAAAUGGCGGAGGUGCAUUUCUUAUACCUUAUUUCAUUUUCCUGUUUGGGGGAGGUCUUCCCGUGUUUUUCCUGGAGGUGGUGCUAGGACAGUAUACCUCCGAAGGUGGAAUUACAUGCUGGGAAAAGAUCUGCCCUAUUUUCACUGGAAUUGGUUAUGCUUCCAUAGUGAUUGUGUCCCUUCUGAAUGUGUACUACAUCGUGAUCCUGGCCUGGGGACUCUACUACCUGUUCCAGUCGUUCCAGAGCGUCCUGCCAUGGGCACACUGCCACCAGAAGUGGAACACGCCGACCUGUGUGGAAGACACUCUCAGGAAGAACAAAACACUCUGGAUAUCACUGAAUGCCACUAACUUCACCUCUCCUGUCACAGAGUUUUGGGAGCGCAAUGUGCUGAGCUUGUCCUCGGGAAUUGAAGAUAUUGGUAUUAUCAAGUGGGAUCUAGCACUGUGUCUCCUCCUCGUCUGGGUGAUAUGUUUCUUCUGCAUUUGGAAAGGAGUCAAAUCCACUGGGAAGGUAGUGUACAUCACUGCCACAUUCCCAUUCAUCAUGCUCCUUGUUCUACUCAUCCGUGGCGUGACCCUGCCUGGAGCUGCAGAAGGCAUCAAGUUUUAUCUUUACCCUGAUAUCUCACGGUUAGCUGACCCACAGGUCUGGAUAGAUGCAGGGACACAAAUCUUCUUCUCAUAUGCAAUCUGCUUAGGAGCAAUGACUUCCCUGGGGAGCUACAACAAGUACAAAUACAACUGCUAUAGGGACUGUUUGCUGCUGGGAUGCCUGAACAGUGGUACCAGUUUUGUGUCUGGCUUCGCAAUUUUUUCCGUCCUGGGCUUCAUGGCACAAGAGCAAGGGGUGAACAUUGCUGAUGUGGCAGAGUCAGGUCCAGGCCUGGCCUUCAUUGCCUACCCAAAAGCUGUGUCCAUGAUGCCACUGCCCACCUUUUGGGCAAUCCUUUUUUUUAUUAUGCUUCUGUUGCUUGGACUGGAUAGCCAGUUUGUUGAAGUUGAAGGACAGAUCACGUCAUUAGUUGAUCUGCACCCAUCCUUCCUAAGGAAGGGUUACCGACGGGAAAUCUUCAUCGCUAUAGUGUGUUUCCUUAGCUAUCUUCUGGGACUAACUAUGGUGACUGAGGGUGGCAUGUAUGUUUUUCAACUCUUUGACUACUAUGCAGCUAGUGGUGUAUGCCUUUUGUGGGUUGCAUUCUUUGAAUGUAUUGCUGUAGCCUGGGUUUAUGGCGCUGAUAAUAUUUAUGAUGCCAUUGAGGAUAUGAUUGGAUACAGACCUGGUCCCUGGAUGAAGUGGAGCUGGAUUGUGAUCACACCAGUUCUCUGCGUGGGGUGCUUUAUCUUUUCUUUGGCCAAGUAUAAACCACUGACCUACAACAAGGUCUACACAUACCCAGACUGGGCAAUUGGCCUGGGCUGGGUUCUUGCCCUUUCCUCCAUGAUCUGCAUCCCUAUGGUGAUGGUCAUCCGCAUCAUUCGGUCAGAUGGGUCACUCAUUGAGAGGAUAAAGGCGGUGGCUGCCCCCAAGGAAGUGAAUCGGUGGUCCAAAGAGACGGAGAGUGGCACCCCCUUCUGCCCCAAUGGAACUUCGAAUGGCGGAUUGAUCAAGCCAACUCAUAUCAUUGUGGAAACCAUGAUGUGAGCUCUCUCUGUGAGAGGAUAAACCUGCUUUAACUGCCGUUUACUAACCAUAGAUUCUCAUAGGACCAGGUUUACAGAGCUUUAUAUUUGCACUAGGAUUUAUUUUUAUUUCUCACAGAGAAAGUUAUUUUUUGUGUGUGUUUUUUUUUUUAAUAUUUUGUAAGGUAAUCACAGCAGACGUCUCUCUGUAGAGGGAGAGCUUUCAUAUCAGACUAGACAUAUUACAAGAAUUUACUAUUAUUGGGUUUUUUUAAAUAUAUAUAUCUUUAUCUCUAAAUAUUAUACACCUUACCACUUGAAUUGAUUGUCUUGCCAGCAAUACAUUCAAGUCUCAGAAAGCAAUUUUAGGUGCUGGUAUGGUUGGGAGCAGGGUAACCUACAGAACACACAAAAGGAGCUCUGUUGAGAGAUACAUUUUUUUUAAAAAUGCUGUUUCAAGAGAAUUUUUCAAAGGUGUAGUAUUUCCACCCUCUGGUUCAACUGUGGUAAACGACAGGCAUCAGGGUCACUUUAGGGAGUGGGUAGAGCUUUGUUUAGUGCAGUCCCUGGAUAAGGAUAUAGCCAAACAGCUGGAGUGGAGAGUUUGCAAGGGAUGCAGAGAAGCUGGGUGUGAACAAUCUUGUGGCUGUACCUCCCAGGGACAGCACUGGGACCCUGUCACACCAACUGAGGAGAACGUGAGGAAGGCAUCUGCAGGAUUUGGCAUGGUUCAGUCUUUUUUUGUUUUUCUUUUUAAAAUUCUUGAGAUUUUUUUUUUAACUUAAGUAAAAUGCCUGCUGUUUGUGUGUGAGCAGGGAUGUUGAGUACCUGCUUCUGGGUUUUCCAGCAAACUGUAUUUUGGUGUGGUGGCACUGGUGUAAACUUGAAUUCUGCAAACUUGGAGGGCAGCCUGUCCCCAGGGCAGCAGGGAUGAGCACAGACCAGCCAAGAGGGGAAAAGCAGCACCUGCUCUCUGGUUGCUUCAGGUGUUUGCUUCCUCAUUUGGACUUUGGUUUGGGCAGGAAAAUAAAGGGAUCACUUCUGGACUCUGACUGUCCAGAGGUGAACACAAACCAGGUCGUCCCUGACAGGAGGAACAAAACCUGGUGUAACAAAACACUCACCUGGUGUAAACUGGUGUUGAUAACAGACAUGUUGUUAAUAAUAAUAGUAAUGAUGAUAAUAAUAUCACACGGCAAACAGGUGCUUUUCAUCCAUGUAUCUCAAAAAUGCUUUUCCAAGUUCACUAACCAGGAUUUGCUUUAUUUAUUUAUUUUUGGGGGGAGGUCAUUGCUGUUGGAGGAACAGACAAACGGACUAAGUGAGUCCCUUGUCCCGUGUUACAAAAUAGCAGUAGUGGACCUAGACACCCCAGUCUCCUUGCUCAUUAUUAGAUUAACCCAUGAUCUUAUUUUAUUUUACUUUACUUUAUUCUAUUUUAUUUUAUUUUUAGGGGGGCUGGAGGGUGGCAAACAUAUUUAUGAUUCUUAUCUGCUGAAGAGACAGGGCUCUUUGGAAUUUAAAUUAGAGCAGAGGGAACACGUAAUACUGAAAUAUUUUGUGUUGGUCAGAAGGAAUUGGGUACCAUUCCAGGUGAGACUGGGAAGUGAAGAGAAAUCCCUACAUGGAGUAUAGGAAUUGGGGAUCCACUUCAUAUAGUGUAGGUGAAUGUUUCUGUGGGGAAUUGGAUCCCUGAAAACUGUCCAAAACAUGGACAAAAGCCUUUUUCUCAUUUUUUCUUUUUUUUCUUUUUUUUUUUUUUUAACUUGAGCAGGUUGUGCUGGGAACGGGUUCUCUGGCAAAACUCAGCCUUGUCAUGUGGGCAUUGUAUUAGAGGGAGAGAGGUUUUUUUCUUAUGAUACCACAGGUAGUCUAUCCAAAGGUAUUUAGAAGAAAUGCUUGAUAAAAGCAGAGUUUGUAUCUGCUUAUUCUGUUGUAAGCUUAGUCUGUCAAGGCAGAGGUUGUCACUUAUUUAAACAGGAACAUAAACAGUUCUUAACAUUCCUACACAGUAGCUUUAUUUCAUUUUUUCUUGUCCCAUGUGCUAACUGGCCACAGUAGCACAAACAUUUCUUAACUUGUUGAUUUCCCUGUAAUGGGGAGAUUUAAACCUAAGAGAUGGACCAAACUAAUUAUUAAUUAUUAAAGAAAAACAUCGCUGUAUCUAUAACUUCCAAAUCCUUCUAGUUUGAAUUCGUAGAUACUUUUACAACAGAGAGCAGAGUUGCAGCAAUAAAACCAGCCAUGGUAGAAUUGUGUUUUCUUUUUUUUGGUUGCUGUAUUAUGAGAGUUCUGAAGGAAACUUUUGCACAGCUGGAGAUGGCAAACAUCUAAAUGACACCUGCUGGGCCAGUAGGAGAAACCACCCAAGGUUACAGGAGGAAUUCUGAGAGCCAGUGAGUGUCAUCAAAUGUGCCCAAAAUAAAGAAAUAUGCAUGCGGCAAUUUUAUUUUUUUAACAAUCAAAGGCAAGGAAAUGUAACCAAAACCACUCUCUUAGUGGGCUUCAGCUUGGACUCUCAUUUUUGAGUUACAAUCAGUGUCUGCAGUAAACAGACAUGGGUGAAGAGGAAGUAGAAGGUUAGGGGGGUCUAAAUUAAUGCUUUUUGUGAGUGCAGAUGAAACACUGAUGCUUGAUUUAUUUCUUUUUUAUAUAUAUACAUUGUCAUACAACUGUGUUUGAGAUUAUAUAGUUUGCACAUGACUUUUGUGCCAUAGAGCUGAGACAAGCUUUAGUUAGGGAAAAAAAUGGUUUGGCUACAUCAAAGAUAUCACCAGCAAGUCAGCUGGGUGUUUAGGCAUCUCCUAGGUUGUGGAGAGUGUCUUAGUGGGAAGAACCAGAGGGAUAAUACUACACCUUUCAAAAUACAACUACCAGAGAAUAGAACCCAGCCCCAUUUCAGUACAAACUGUGCCAUUCAAAUCAGUCGCUUCCAUGAUCCAAGUGAAAAGGUCUCGCACAUAUGCAACAACCUCAUUGGAGAUUCUCUGUGUCAGCUUCCCUGGCCCUGCUGUGCUCUUCAGCAUGACUGCAAGGGAGGGCUGGGACUCACCAAGAGCCAAGAAAUCAUUGUUUCCGGAAAACAGUUCCCCUCUCCCCUCCUCCCUCCCCUGACAAAAAAAAAAAAAAAAAAAAAAUUACUUAAUUCUUCUUGUUUUAUCUGGGGUUUGAGUUCCAGUGAGCACAUUUGCAUUUUUACAGUUUGGGGUUUUUACCUAACAAUUUUAUCAGAUUUCUAAACUUUUCUUGGUGAUUAAUUUGCAUUUCAACAUGAUCUUCUGCCAAAUUUAUUAAAACAUCAUUUUUAAAAAAAGUUUGUGUUUUCUACCUAUUUUGACUGCAAAGACAACUGAUUUUUUUCUUGUAUUUACUUGUUUAAACUCUUAUGAUGUAUUUUACCUGUUUUGUGUAAAUGAGAAACUCUGUGUUAAAGCAUCAUGACUAGUUAUAGAUGAACUGGUUUGGAUCUGGGAAAACAGUGCAGUUUUGGCAUGAGAUCUUUAGAACCAGAUCCCUGAGAUUUAAGCCAGUAUAAACCAAGACAACACGCACACCUUUUCAUGUUUCAUGUACUUUUGUAUUCAUGGGGUCUUCUGGGCUUGAAAACAGCAGAGUUUCAGCAGUAUUUAUUUCCAGCUGAACUGAAAUCAAGAGAUAGUAGAAAUGUAAAGGGGAACAUUUCCCCAUGAAAUUUUUCUAACCUAUUUCUUAUUUUUCUCAAUUUUCCAAGCCUUUUCAGUUCACCUGUCACUAGUGAUGAUCUCUCUGAAUAUCUAUUCUAAGGGACUUUACCAGUAGUCUGUAUCUCAGUGUUUAAACAGUAUGAUUUCAUAAAUAGAACUGGUUUUUUAUUGUU